AUGGCUUGUCGCCGCAAAGUGCAACGACAUCUUGUGAACCAGUUUAGAACACUGGAGGAAGCAGAGGACUUCUACAAGAUAGAUUACUUUGAAGGGCAACAAAAAGAGAGUAGUGCAGCAGCUGGAAAAGCAACUUCUACACCCAUUAAAUCCCCCCUGCGCAAUCUGUCAGGAAAUCUAUCACCCAUAUUUCACCAGUCUCCUCUCAAGAAUGUUAACCCAGAGAUUACUACUGGUGAUUUGAUUAAACUUAUGAUGAAUGGUUUUCUAAAAACGACCAGAUCGCAGAGGGAACAAUUCCUCUCCUACCUCUUUUGCAUUCAUCUUUCCCAUGAUGUUGGCAUCAAUGAUGGUUAUGUACCUGCAAACUUUCUGCAAUUGGCUGGAAGCUCCUUUAAAAACCUACAAGUCACUGGAAAGGAAAAUACUCUCUACUUUCUUGCAAGGAGUGUUGGUGAAUCAAGACCUGGUGGAAGUGGGCCAAGGAUGUCACUUGACCGUAUGCCUUUUGGUCUCAUCCACCACAACCUCCAAUUCUUUGCCAAAGAUAAUGUUUCAAACCUCCACCCAUGUGAGCACUAUGCUGAAUGGUUGACGACAAUGUUUGCUCACUUUGGUCACAAAUGGGACAAACUCUACCGAGGGCCAAUGUGGAGUUAUGAUGGAGAUUCCUCAGAUGAGGAAGGAGACGUCCCACCUUUCCUUGAGCCGCAGAUUUCUCAAAGUUUACAUAAUGUUAUCACCCAGGAAUCAGAGGAGCCUACAUCAACCAGUUUCAACAGACCAUUUGACGAGAUGGGUGAUUUAUUGUCCCAGGCAGUCUGGGAAACUGAAGGUCUGGAAGAACUAAUGUGUAAUACUGGCACUCAAGACAUAGAACCAUCCUCAGAAAUAUCUACUCUUUGGAAUGGGUUGAGUGUUAGUGACAUGGCAGAGCUUGAACAAGCUUCUGACUCACCACUCCAGAUAGAGCAACUCCACAAUGCUAGACCUUCAAGAACCAGGAACAGGGGUUCAUUAAGGGCCGGGCACCGGGCAAAUUGACCGGCUGUGAACACAACUUUGCCCGGCUGCGUUACAUCUUAAAGAACUUCUUUUUAAUACAAGGAACGAUCAAAAACAGUUUUAAGUUACAAUCGUGAGUCUUAUCGAGUGUAAAACAUACUUUGCCGUGCAAUUUCCACUUUUUUACACGCGGCAUGAAAUCCCCUCGUUCGUUAUGUGUUAAAAAGAAGAAUCGCCCGAUAACACAUUGUGAAAAGAACUGUGCUUCAUAAGCGACCACCUGAAAUGUAUCAGUGUUGCGAGCACGUGAGCAUGGCGGCCCAGAAAAGAACGUGUUCGAUAGCAGAUUAUAUUUCGGCUUCAACCAAAGGGCCUCCAGUAGAGAAAAGGCUAAGAGGUGAGUAGACUUCUUUGUGAUUUAACUUUUACUUGCCUGUAUAUAUUGAAUGGCUCAAUUAUCAUGUUCAACGAAGCGAAGCGUCAUUUGUUUUCGUUUUAUGGUUUACGACAAUGAAUUAAUUUUCGGUGCGUUCACGUUGAAACAGUGCUCCUCCCGUCUAGUCAUUGAAAUUUUAAAGAUAAGUUGUUAAACUAAUACUUUUGUGAUUCAAAUCAUGAUUAAAUUGUCUAGAAAAGUUAUCUUUUUUUUGGUUGUUGAAAGUCAUUGUCUGCAGCUUCAAAAUGCAGGAAAACACAUCCCUGCGACUAUAGAAUUUCAAAAUUUUCCGGGGAGCAUGCCCCCAGACCCCCCUUGGGGAGCAAGGCCCUCCGGGCCUUGCCAAUUCUUUUGCCCGGGUGUCAAACUCAGUUGCCCUCCGGUUCAAAACCUUAAUGAACCCCUGCAGGAAGCACAAGCAUGCAAAGCGUGAUCCACUGAAGGUGAUAUCAUAUGGUUAUGUGGGCUGAUUAUGAUCAAUGUCAAUAGUGUGGUGUCAUAUUGAGGCCUUUGUAAAGGGCUGUUGGUUGUAUGUUAUUUUAUUUCUGCCUGAUUGUUAUUAUUAAAAGCAUGUAUGUAAAAGGUGUUCUAGAAAGUAUUAUGCAUGGUAUGUGAGAAAGCUUCUUCCAUAAGUACAAAAUGAUAUAAUUGCCCCUUAACAUGCCCACUUUGUUUGCAGGCCAAGGUUAAUGUUGUUGGUCUCUCAUCAAGACAGCUUCAGAGGAGAAUCCAACAAAAAGGCUUCACCAGGGACACAAGCAUCCAGGUAAGCUCAGUUUUGUAUUAAUGACAUUGCACUUUAUCAAAGUUGCCAUUUUUGGCAAUGUUGCAGACUUUAAAGCAAUAUAUACAGAUGUUAAGGACUACAUAUGAGACAUUAAUAUGACAGUGUGCUUUAGGAAGAACUGUAAUGUUAUGCACCGGUCUAAUUAUUGACCAUAAUUAUUAUUAACCCAUUCGCCCCUGAACCGCCCGUAACCGCCCGUGCGGAUCCAGGUCCUUUCUACCCUUUGUGACGUCAUCAGUUUUAACGGUCAAGGACAACUUUCUUCGCUAACUUGUGCAGAGUGAAGAGAUCUUUCAAACCAUACCAGAAUGAGCACAAUUCAGUCAAGGACACCGGAGAAAGAAGCAAAAAACCACGUGACAAGGACCUGAAAAUCUCCAUGAAAAUCUUGUUCCAUUACCCACCUACCUUUCCUUUCACCUAAUCCUAAGAUCCUAAAAGCUUUCCUAAAAACUCUUCCCACCAAAAUGAAGCCUACUAAAUGCCCAGCAAGAAAAAAAAAAAAAAAAAUGAGGCAAGAAAAGCGAAAAAAGAAGGGAGGAGAGAAAGCGAAAAGUAAAAGUCAAGACUGCUGUGUCACUUUUCAACCCAAAAACUGUCAAAAUUUUGCUUUCUGCGCAUGCCCGAACUUCGCAAGCUGAUAUUUUGCAUCUGGAUCAGAAGGCCGCCAAGUGUACAACCUGUAAACCGGUUUGUGGUAAGUUUUAGCUCUUUAUAGCACGACAGUGACCAGAAAACCACUUGACUAGCUUCAAAACGCGUUUUUCGGCAAAAUCUCUAGGAGCGAAUGGGUUAAUCAGUCAGUACGUCUGACAGUGUAUUGCAUACCAUGUUGUCAUGACUUUGGAUCUGGAUGUCAUCUAGACCUCAGAGUACAUUUCAUCAUAAUUCUUCCUACACUUAAUGAUGUGUAUACAUAUUUAGUUUCAAAUAGAGACAUUACAUUUCUUUUCUUGGAAUGAUUUGUUGUCAUCUGUAAUUAACUGUAGAUAGAGGCACUGAAGACUGCAAAACAGAGGAAUCCUAAUGGGCGUUGGUGGAUUAAAGCUGAUGCCUGUGAUAUAAGGUCCGGUAUUAUGGAAUCCUUGCGCCGUGAGUGGUCUGGGGAUGUAGACUUGGGAGACGGACAACUGGAGCAACUGCACCAAACAUACAUGCAGUUGAUAAGUUUUAUUAAAGGGAUUGGUUUAGAAAAAAGAAAGCCCUUGCAAGUUGUUAUCCAGGACUUGAGGGAAGAGUUGAAAACACUAACAAAUGAUUCUGAGUUUUUGCAAUCAGGUCUCAGGAAAUCGAAGGAAAUUUAUGAAAAAAAAAGGAAGCAAAGCAAUACCCCAGAGAGCAGCAUGUUUGCUCUAGCUUGGGAUGUCAAUGCUUAUGAAACCCUGAAAUCGUUGAACCAUGAUUUGCAAAACAGAUGCAGCAGCAUAAUUUCCAAGUGUUUAGGGCCUGCUAAUCAGAGAGGAAAUCUUCCCCAAACUUAA